UUCUAGUUUCAGUUUACCUACGAAACGUCGACGUUUCUGUGUGCAACAGUUUGCUUCAUCUCACUGACUUUGUUCUUCUUCCUCCAUUGGUAAGGGUGCUAGCUAGGGUUCGCAGAGUUUAAGCUCCUUUCAUUUAUUCACUCUCGCCAAUAUUGCAAUUCUUCAUCUGUAAUAUCAGUUUCAAGUUUCAACAACUAGCGAAAUCGAAAGGUGUUGAAAAUCAUUGCGUGAUACGGCGCCGUAUCGAUCCAUUAAGGAGAGGGAGCUAUUUAAUCCUCAAAGAGAAGAUCGUUAACCUUUGUGUAGUGGAAUCAUUCGAGAAAGAUGCAGAAAUUGGGAGAGUUCAAGUUACCACAUUUCUUCAACUACCCGCCAUACUUCACUUUGCAGCCAGUAAGAGACACUAGAGAGAAGCAGGUACAACUGUGGAAGGAUCUUAUUCUAGAUUAUUGUAGAACACAAAAGGUAUUUGUAAUUGGGCUUGAAGAAGAAUUUCCUCUGUUUUCGAAUCCCGUAAUUGGAAGGUCUCUUACUCAUGAAGCUAGAGAAGCAUUCCUUUCAGCCUUAGUAGCUGAUGGACGUGCUGAGUGGAUGGAUAAAGGACAUAGGAAAUGUCUUAUUCUCUGGCAUCGGAUUCAAGAGUGGGCAGAAAUUUUAGUACAAUUUGCAAGAGAUAAUGGGCUGGAAGACGGUGUUGUGACAAUGGAAGAAAUAAGGUUUGGGACUGAAUCUCAAGGAACAGAGCUUCAAGGGAUAGACCGAACUAUUCUGAAUCGUGCGCUGAAAAUAUUAGAGCAAAAGGGGAAGCUUGUGGUCUUCAAAGGAACUUCAACUGAUGAUGAAGGAGUGAAAUUUUCUCUAUGAUUGUUUAUCUGUUGUACCUUGACAGAUUUCAAAUAUGCCAUAAGCAGGGGUCUUUUACGUGAUAAAAAUUGUUCAUUGUUUUGGAUAUGAAUAUUGUGUUAAGGUUUUGGCUUUCUGGCUAGGCAUGAUUGAAUUUCAAAUGAUGCUCCCGAAGGAUUGUGAAACCAUGAAAUCCAUAUCGCAGUGCAAAGUUUAGUCUGGUUAAGAAACUAUAUUGCAAUGUAAAGUUAUAAUAUGUUACUGUCGUUGACACAAUAAUAUAUUGGUUCUUACCAGCUGAAA